AUGACAACAACAUUACAAACGGGGAUUUUUGUAAUUGAGGCAACAGUGUAUGGGAUUGCAACUGUAUUGAAAACCAAAAUGCCAAAGCAAUUUGGAGGGCCUUUGUAUUUUGGAGGACCAUUCCAGUUUAUUCACAUAAUUAAAACAUCGUAUGAAGAUUAUCAUCAAUCGACUAAAAGUUGGGAUGCUCAAUUAUCUCAAGGGAUCGGAGUCAUAAGUCAAGUAUUAAUUAUUAUCGCAUCGAUAUUUGCAGCGAAUUCUAAAAUAGGACAUUUAGGGGCCUUACAGCCACUUGCUUCUGGAGAACCAAAUAUACUUAACGCUAAUUUCACACCGCCUUCUGGUACUGAAGUUAAAGGAGAGCCAAUUAAUGUUACAGAUUCAACACAAGUGACGCUGGCCGUGAAGAAUGCAGCAUUAUUUGCCAUGGCCACCUAUUCGGUUUCAGUUUUUGCAAUUAUUAUGUCAUCAUUGUUAAAUAUUAUUCAAUGGAUGGCAGACGUUUGGCGUUUUCAAAAUCAAGUGGAUGUUGCGCCAACUAGCAAUAAAACAGGUCCGACUGCUACCACCACGAGCUCUGAUAAUUCUAAUCCUUUAUUACCAACCUCAUCUGAAAAGCAAGCACUGUU